AUGGUGCCUGUUGCUGCUGCUGUGGUUGGUAUAUUGGUAAUACUUGUCUUUAUUUACUGCUGUUGUUGCGGCAAAGCAGAAGAGAUGCCGCCCGAAACCCUUGGGGAUGACGAAAGGAGACGAAAGAGAAAACACCACAGCGAGAGGUCGACAGGAAGACAUGAAAGCAGUUCUGGAGGUUCAUCUUCUCACGCGAGAGAGUCGAGGCAUUCGAAAUCUACACCACAGGAUCGUCCGCCAGAACGUGCUGCUUCUCUUCCCCAGAUCAGAGUUGGAGACAUACAGGAGCGAGCCACACAAGGAGAAACUAUGGAAGAAGAAGCCCGUCGUCCUGGUCAUCAUCGACGAAUCGACCGCGCCACACGACGACUGAAACGACUUUUACGGUUGACCAGAGAGGACGAGAAGAAGGGUGCAACAGCGCCCACAAUGGACGACAUACCGAAUAUACUCGACGCCAUGGGAUCAGUAGAAGGACCCGGUACACCUGGUGCGCCUGUCCCAUAUGGGGCACAACCGAUGCCAGCUGCUCCUGGUCCACCUGGGGCGCCUCCGCCUCCAUACGGUCGUACACAACCGUCGAAUGCUCCGCCUGGUUACGAAGGGUUGACGCCUUUCAUGCACGAUACGCAGAGAACUGAAGAAGCGCCAAGAUUUUAG